AUGUCGUCGCCUAUAACCUUGGUGAUUGGAGCCUCCCGCGGGAUCGGUCUCGAAUUAGUGAGGACAUUGAGCCAAGAUACCUCGCAGCAAGUAAUCGGCUCUGUGCGCAAGCCCACAAACCCCCUCGAUGCGCCGAAUGUGCGGUUUGUGACUCUUGAUCAAGCCGAUCGAGCAUCUGUGAAAGCGGCCGCAGCCUCGGUCCCCGAACUUGACGUGCUGAUAAUCAAUGCGGCCAUCGGCGAUGACGAGAAAGUCCUUUCCACUUCGGAUGAACGCCUCGCAGAGUAUUUCAAUGUGAACGUUAGUGGCCCGUUGAGAGUCAUUCAGGAAUUCUUGCCCGCGCUUCUUGCCCGUCAAACUCGGAAGAUUGCUGUAAUCUCCUCGGGAUCUGGAUCUUUGGCUGGCCAAAUCAAUGCCACCGGAGGAUUCAGUGGACCUUACUCCAUCUCCAAAGCCGGUCUGAACAUGGUCGCUGUGCAGCUGCAUAAUGAACUCCGGGACCAGAAUUUCACGGUGCAGGCCAUUCAUCCUGGGUGGGUGGCAACGGAUAUGGGAAAUGUAACCGGAUCGGGCGGAAUGCCUAUUCCAGAGUCGGCUCGGGGUGUUUUGGAGCGUGUGAAGGAAGCAACUGCCAAAGAUUCGCCUCGAUUUGUCAACUGGAAGGGAGAUACCAUGUUGUGGUAA